AUAAAAAUUUUUCGUGUGAUUUCGACAUUCGUUGAAAAUUCGUCGUAAUAUUUUUUCCGGCAACAUUUAGCUAAAGCAUUUAGUUUCAAAAUUUUAAUUGUGAUAUAAACGUAAACGUUAUAAAAAUGUUCCUUAACAAAUUGAACAAUGUCGGUCGCCAAUUGGCCAACCCAGCGCUCCGUGCACAGGCUCGUUCUAUAUGCACAACAUUAGCAAAUCGAGAGAUCUUCCAGGUGCAGAGCGCCGAGGAUUUCGACGAAAAAGUCAAAAAAAGUGAUAAGCCGGUAAUUGUGGAUUUUUUCGCAACAUGGUGCAAUCCAUGUAAAAUGCUAACACCCCGCAUUGAAACUGUGGUCGGUGAAAAAGCCGGUGCCAUAAAAUUGGCCAAAGUAGACAUUGAUGAGCACAGCGAAUUGGCGCUCGAUUACGACGUUGGUGCUGUACCAGUUCUACUAGUAAUGAAGGAAGGCAAAGUGGUGAAUCGUAUGGUCGGUUUGCAGGAUACAGAUAAGAUUCGCGCAUGGAUUGAUAAAGCUGUUGAGGGUGCCAAAUAAGUUUAGAGAUAUUCAAUUUGCAUUAUAAUCUAACAAUAACAAAAACAAAAUUUUUGAAAAUAUUUAAUGCUUUAACUUUGUUCAACAAAUAUAAUUAAGAUUUGUUCAUGGAAUAAAAAAAACUACUUAAUA